AUGAAACGCGCAUUGUGCCUAUUAAUUGCCUUGUCCUGGUCACUUUUUGUCCAGGGCUUGCGCCAUACAAUUUUGGCUACAGCAGAUCAUUCUUUAGAAGACUAUAGCACAUUUCUGGAAUCAUUGACAGAGAAUGGAUUUGAUGUUACCGUAGCGAACGUGAAGGACGAAAAGGCAAAGUUGUUUGAAUACGGCGAGCGCAAGUAUGACAAUGUUAUUUUGUUCUCCACCCAAAGCAAAAGUCUCGGAGCUACAUUAUCUCCUAAAGCUAUUCUAGAGUUUGCGCAAGCUGGCGGUAACGUCUUGUUUGCUGCUGGCUCCAACCUUCCUGAAGGAAUCCGUGAAUUGGGCAGACAAUUAGAUUUGUAUAUUGGAGAGCGUCAUUCCUCAGUUGUGGAUCAUUUCCAUUCUGUUGAGAGUUCCGAUGAUGAUUCUGUCUUGCUGGAUACUGUAACCGAAAAUCCUCAUAUUAUUUCAGACGAGACCCGUCAGGCUGGUUCAAUCGUUUAUAAAGGAAAUGGCCAUUUCUUAGGAAGUAAUCAUCGUGCUCAGCCUGUGCUUCGUGGACACCCCUCCACGUACGUAUACAAUAAGAAAUCCGAAGAUCAAAUUUCCGAAGAGCCUUGGGCAGCCGGUGCUCAAUUAUUUUUAGUCAGCGUCUUUCAAAACGAUGCUGGUGAACGUAUUGGCUUCAGUGGAAGUCCUGAAAUGUUUACCAACGCAUACCUUUCUCCUAGUUCUCCCUCCUAUUCUGCAGCAAAUGCUCUAUUUGCUCGUGAUUUGACAAACUGGGUUUUCCAACGUGUUGCUGUUUUGCAUGCUUCUAACAUGACCUACGGAAAGGUUGGUGAGCCUUACGAACUUCAUAAUGCUUCUACAUACAGAAUUAAGGAUCAAAUGGUUUUUUCCAUUGAUAUUGCUGUUUUGAACGAUGGCCAACCUCAACCUUACGUGGCCGAUGAUGUUCAAAUGGAACUGGUAAUGCUCGAUCCUUAUUACCGUGUGAACAUGGUUCCUGUGGCUUCUGAUAGUAAAACACAUCAACGCUAUGAGGCUGUUUUUACUGCUCCUGACCAUUAUGGUGUAUUCACUUAUAAAAUCGCUUACUAUCGACGCGGUCUGAACCCUAUAGACGAGAAGGCCACCUUUACAAUCCGUCAAUUCUUCCAUAAUGAGUAUCCCCGUUUCCUACCACACGCUUAUCCUUAUUAUGUUUCCUGCUUUGCAGUCUUGGGCGCAUUCUUAAUCUUUUGCGGAAUUUGGCUCGUUCAAAUCCCCAAGGCCUCUUCAAAAAAGCAAAAGUGA